GUUGAGCAUCGGGUCUCUAAGAGGCAGUUCUGCACACCAUCUAAAUGUAGUUCACAGUCUAAACUGUUUUGAAUAAGAGUGAGAUAUAGAGGGAAGAGAAGAGCACUUAGGAUGACUACAAGCUCAAAACUCAGCUUUUAACUGAGAUCUAAUUUCUAUGCUGCACAGAGCAGAAACAGGCUUUAAUACUACAACUGGAGCCAGAGCCAGAGGAAUUCAUAUCUCAUGCCUGCCACCAUGCCAUUUAAAGGAUAUUCACAUUUGCAUGACGUGAUACUAAAAUAAUGCUGGCAUUAGUCAGUACAUCUCAGGCAAAUGUGCGCUCUCAAAAGAAUUUAGGUGUCACUGGCUUUGUGGAUCUUAGUAACAUUGCUGUCUUUUGACACCAUUUCAGAAUAGUACAUAAAAAAAAGCAAAAGUUAGAAACCUGAUAGAGACAACACAAAGUUCACAAAGGGAAGAGAGACUUCAGUAAAGAGCUGAAACUGAUACAACUAUGAAAAUGUCCCUCCAGACUUAGACCUCACUUCAUCCUUCUUUAUGAAUCAUCACUAUUCAUCUGUGCUGAACAGUGGGGCUUUAUACCCAGUCUGUACAUUAUCAUACCAUGCUACUAGUGCGAGGAGGACAGGCAUGUGCAGUCACUUGCUGCCCCACAGAGCAGUUAUUCUGUCCGUCCUGGAAUUCUAAAAGUGUCACUUCGUAAGUUUGUUCUGUUACAUGUUUAGAUAAAAGACUUUAUGGUGGAGACUUCCUUUUUGGGAGUAAAGUAAGGGAGAUAAAAUCAGAGGAAUUCUUUUGUAUUUCUUUUUAACUCCAACUUUUUGGAGAGCAAGAGAAAAUGGAGGCUUACUGACCAAAAGGAGGAACAGGAAACUGCAAGGCAAGGGGAGGUUUUAUAACAGGGCAGCUGGGCCACUCAGGAAGUGCUUUUACUCCACAUUCCUCAGCACAUAUGCAUCACUGGAUAUUUCUUGGCUUUAUAACAGGGCCAUCUCAGCAUUUGUAGAGCCAUUUAGAUUUUUCAACAUUUUCCCUCUUCUCUUUUCUUUGUAAUUGUGGAGAGAAGAGCCAAAUGAGGGGACUAGUGUUUUCUUUGUCUUGAGCUAGCUGUACUUGUAGUUCCUGUUUUAUUCCAAAGUCCACUUCGGGUGUGGCUUUCUUGUCGCAUCAUCACUAUUCAAAUCCAUACACUGCCCACAGCGGGUUUACGUAACCUCACCUUGCGUGCAUGUAUGUGGGUGUGUAGCUGGUGACUGUGCAUCUUACUGAUCUGUUCAUUCAAGGAGAACAUGCGCAUGUGCUUUUCAGGCCUAAUCUGUGUGUGUGUGUGUGUGUGUGUGUGUGUGUGUGUGUGUGUGUGUGUGUGUGUGUGUGUGUGUGUGUGUGUGUGUGUGCGUGUGUGUGUGACAUCCACAUGUCGCAGCCAUCGUCAAUGGUGGUGUUGAUCCAUGAAACAGAUGGGGAAGUGUGUGUGGGGAGAUGCAGGCCCCUGAGAAGACUGUGUCUUUGUAUGUCCUGCUGUGUCUAUCACAUGUAGACUCUGCUGGCAGCCUUUGAUCUUCCUGACUUUUCUCACAGGGCAGAUUUUAUUUGAGCUUGGUUAGCCUACCAUCGUGAUAUUUAAGUUGCAAUUGACCAUUUUCUCACAGGUUACUCUGAUGCCGUGGUUGGGGUGAGAAGCUCAAUUGUCAUUUAAAGAGCAGUUAAAAUCUGGGGAGAAAUCUUGCGAUUCAAGAUCUAAGUAAACUGCCAUUUCAGUCACCAUGUAACUGGAAAUUAAUGAAAAACAACUGACCAGACUCUAUAUUAAGUUACAGCCAAAGCAGAGUAGGUUUUAAAGUGUACCAGCGUUUGAAUUUUUGACCUUUUAUUGGGAGGUCAAAAGUCUGCCGUGUUAACAAAGGUUAUAAACACAAGAUAUGUUGCUAAAUAUUAAAGGCUGUGCCCAGACCUUGUUUUUUAUAUGUCUUUUACUAAGUCUGAUCGCCAUCCUGGGCAGCAUUUCAUAUCCCACUGUAUCUACCCACACAACUGAGGAUGGGUGCAUCCUUGCCCCCAUUCUUCCCUCUCUACUAUUGAUUUCUUUUGUGUGACAGACCCAGGACCUGGUAAGAAGAGUGAGGAGACAUUUUCUAAGACGAGACCAGUGCAGUGUUCCAUCUUUCAUACCUGCUGCUGCUCAAUAUUUAAUGAUCUGAGACUAAGCUGCUGUGGGAGGGCUCAGUGGUAGAAAGCCUGGUUACUUGAAAUAAUUGUGUUUUGACUGGCUUUUCUUUUGUGAAAAGACAUAGGCCUACCCAUUUUAUGAAUUUCAGUCAACAUGUGAGGGUUUUAAAGCAAUGUGUUAGUAGUCAGUUUUCAAAUUAGUUGAAAUGUAAUGAAACAUAUCUAUCUAUCUAUAUCUAAAUAAAGGUCUAAGGCAAACAUAACCACUAAUAAUUACUAUCUCUGUUGAGGGCAAUUUGUAGUAUAUAUAUUCAUACUGAUAAUAAUGAAAAUAGCUUCACUUUUUCUUGAGGCAAUACUCCAUUUUUUUAACUUGUGGUUUAUGAUUUAGUUCAGUGGGUUUAACUCUGACUAUGAAGGUUGUGACAAGGGAUGACAAGUAUGCAUCACUUUUUGUUAUAGGGUCACUGCUCUUAAAGCUGCCAGCAGCUAUAGGGAAAUAGCUUUGGUCUUAUUCUUGUGUUUUAAUAAUUUCUCUACUAAAGUAAUUUUGUGCCUUUGUAGUCUGAAGGGUUUUACUUGACAAGAAAUAUGUGCCCGUUUUGGGAGAAAAAUCAGAAAAAGGAAACAUUUUUCAAGACAACAUGUCCUGCAAGCUGUAAAUCAUUUGCAGACACAUGGUUUAUGCAUCUGACUGCUGAACACAGUGUGAAGCGUCAGAGUUCAGUCUUUGCUAUUAAAAGACAUACUUUUACCAUACAUUUGGAUAAAUGGGCAAAAUGAAUCAGGGUAAAAUAAGAUGAAAGUCUGCAUUUAAACUCUGACAAUUUUACUUGUGUCCACCUCUGCUGUUGAGCAGUUUCGAUGUCAUUACACAAUGCUAAUUGCCCCCUCUAAAGAAAAUAAGUUGUCCUUUUCUGUGUCUCUGUGAUUCAUGCCUGGUCUGAGUGGUUUGGCUGUGAGUGGUAGCCUACUAUAUUUUGACAAAGCAGAAGUGCAAAACAGAGGUGGCCAUGGAAACUGACAGUAUCCAAUAAGAGGAGAAGAAAUGGGUGUGGCUGGAUGAUUGACAAGCAUUUAAGACCGCUUACUUCCUUCUGCCUGGUCAAUUAAUAACUCCCUCUCUCUUGCUCUUUGAAAAGGGGUGAAUGCACUUUCUGUACUGAAGACAAGUUUCUGGACUGAAGAUAAAACUGUCUAAUGGCACUGGGCUUUACAAGUCACAUGGAAUAAGGAAGCAGAGUUUGUAGAUUAUAAAGGAAAGGCAUAAAAAUGACCACAACAAUAUGAACAGAGCACAGUGAAAAUAGGCCAUUUGACUUGUGUGUGUUGUCGUUGUUUUUUUUUAUGUUUAGGUUUUUACAUUACAUUUACUUAUCAACAUGUCAGGCCAUAAAUGAUUCUCCUCAUGUUAAUGUGCUAGAUUAUUUAUUGUAUCAACAGUAUUCAGAUUGAUUACUUUACAGAUGCUAGAAAUACUGAACAUACAAUUUCCUACAUCCCUCAGAAAAGCUGGUCUGGUUGAUCUGAGGGGUAAAAGUCACUUAGUGUCCCAAUAUCCCAAGAAGUAAACCGCUUUUUACUUUACUGUGUGCAAACUGCAUGUUUCACCUUUGACCUCCUCAGGUUUGCCCAGCACUGCUUAUUGUCAAGUUUUGGAGGAAUAUUGAUAUGACCAUUGUUGCUUAUGUCUGAAGUUGAAAAAUACAUGGAAAGACAUUUUUUUCCUUUUGAUGCAUUAGUAUUAAUGGUUAAAGAUAAGAUAAGCUUAGAAGAGAUAUUAAGGGUAAAGUUGGAGUUAAUUGAUGCUGCAGGUAGCACCAUGCCUCCCCCAGAAGAAAGCAAAACCGGGGCUUCAAAAGUGAAAAGAAAAAGACAGAAGUGCAGGGAAAGGGAGUUUUGGCAAGUUUCUUUAAAAAGAAAAAUUAAAUCUACACAUAGAGUUAACAAUUAUAUAACAUUGCACAAGCAUUUUUUAUUUAAUGCAACUGUUUAAAUUCUAUCAACUCAUAUUAAGGCAACGUUUCAUUUCCAUUUAUAUUGGAUUCAUAUCAAUAUCCAGAUUCAAAUGGUGUUCUAGCUUUAAAAUUAAGCAUGUUAAUGCCUUGUAAACACAGUGUAUCUUAUGUCAAAUGAAAUAUAUUUCACCAUCAUAUCUGGAGGAUUAAAAGUAGUAAAUAAAGCUGUUUGCUUCAUGCUUGUGGAAGGUUCAGCUCUUGGGGCAGAAAAAUGGGGGUAACUCAGAGACUAGUGAGAAUGAUGAAAGGAGAACAGAAGAAGGUGGAGAUGAAGAAAACUGUUUAUUUGAGGGUUUUUUUUCCCACGUUCGUAGUCAGUUUACUAAUCAGCACAGUGACACAGAUAUUUGCAAACUUUUAACUGAGCAAAACUCAGUAACCAAAAAGCUAUUUGAAGAUAUAAAUGGGCUGCCUGCGAAAAAGGAUGUGUUUAUUAUUAUUUUUGUUGUUAUUACUAUUAUUAUUUAUUGUUGUUAUUAUUAUAAUUGUUAUUGUAUUUUAUAUAUAUAUAUAUUUUUUAUUUUAUUUUUUUUACAGAAUUGCCUCAAGCUGUAGUGAUAAAGCCCGAGAAAAUAUAUAUUUUUAUUAAGUAUUCAUUUAUAUCAUAAUCGAACUGCUGAGUAAGAUGCUAGACUUGUGUGACCCGAAUCAGUGACUAAAUAGUACUUCAUAAUACAAAAGAAGUGUAAAACAUCGUGAGUUCUGACAGUACGUUGCGAUGCCAGUUAAAACAAAGAGAAAAACGUUUAGGUAAACCACGAUGAAACAAGAAAACUAUGUAGAAUUUUAAGUUGAGGUUGCAGAGGAAAAAUAGGCUGUGCAAAUUCUUACCAUGAGGUAUCCAUCCGCAGUAUAACAUGGAAUGGGCAGCAGGGCGAACAACGACCCAGGCGGAGUGAUAUAGUGAGGACUACACCCAAGCGCCCGUUCGAUAGCAGCGUCUUCCCUUCCUUGCUUGGACCAGAAGAAAGCCAGGACGUGACGGAGCCAGGGGUUGCUGCUUUCUGGAGGCCCGCUAAACCACUGAUAAAAGCUACAGCUUCGCUCGUCGUCGGUCAGGAGACGUUUGUGACCUUACUUGACUCUUCAUAUUUUUUCAUCGUAGAACUUAUUUCACAGAAAUGUCCUGGCAAAGCUACGUGGACAACCUGAUGACUGAUGGCUCCUGCCAGGACGCGGCCAUUGUUGGGUACACUGACGCCAAAUAUGUCUGGGCAUCGUGUUCCGGCGGUACCUUUGCCAAUGUUACGGUAAGCACGCUUUGUUUGUCAGUCUCUUGGGUAACACCUCGGUGAAAUGUAAAUAUUGCUUGCUGCUGUCGUCUGCAUAGCCGGGCCUUGUUGAAUGAGUAUAAGGCAAUCGGUGUGUGGUACACAUGGUAUCCGGUGGUGGUCACACACAAGAUGCAUUGGCAGCCUGCCACCUGUCUUUGUCGUUUUUGUCUAAUUCCAGUGCAUUUUACUGAAUUUGAAGUACGCAUGUCCACGUUACUUUAAACUGAGCAACAGUACUCAGUGUUGGGAGAAAAGGCUCGGAUCAUUUAUGUGGCUAAAUGUAACGGUACCGCGAACCGGAGCUAGGAGGGCUCACUUAGCAGAGCUAGCGGUGCGGCUAGGGGUAACUAGCCGGUUUUUCUCGCGAUACCGUCUAGCUAAAAUUAGCGAGUCAGUCAAUAUAUACGUACAUAAUUUAAUCUAUUACUCAUUCAACAUUCAUUCAAGACGGCUGUUGUGUUAUUUUUGUAUCAUAGCGCUUAAAACCUGAAGAAGAUAGCAGCGUCUUCCCUCAGUUUUGCUGUUAACGUUAGCUCAGUGUUGGGUGAAAUCAGGCCGAAGUCGCCGGACAUCCCCAUUGGAAAAUCAUUAUACCAGCUAACGCUAAUAGCGUAAGCACCAGCAGUGCUCAGGCGAGUACAUGCCGUGGGUCUGUCUCGUUUUCCCCCCCUAACUCCCUCUGUGAAUCCCACAACCGCUACCACCCCCUUUUUUCCAAUAUGGCGGAUUCACUCCUAGACCUUAUUCAUUUUCCUCAUAGGGGCGAAAUGAAGCGUCGUCUCGGUUUUUACAAAAUUAGAGGCGGUUCACACUUGCAGGCUUAUUUUUUAACAUUUCGAUGGAUUUGAUUUAAGUGGUGCUCGAGACACUAAGAAUUAAUGUUACGAUAUCUUGACAAAACAAUCGCACACGGUGCUCCAUCGAGCCUCCAUUUUGUGUCUUAAAUUAUCAGUCCCCUUUGAAAUAUUUGUGAAUUGCUGAAUACUUCAUUAGCCGUUAGCUGGUUUUGACUCGGUUUCUGCCCUUUUUUGAAGAGAGUCUUUGCAGCCAUACUACAAACAGAAGAGCUACAGCAGGGAGAGCUGCCGUGACUUGGGAGUGUCCGCUCCGGCUGUGUUAUUUCUCAAAGCCGAAAUCUGUGAAGAUACCCACCAAUAUGUGUGUGUUUUUUUGUCUUAAAAAAGUCAACAUUAAAUCAGAGUAAAGUGGUUACUAUUGCGAUCAAGCCAUUUUCCGGACCCGAUGGUUCAGUUUGGGGGAAAAAAGGAAAAAAAGUUUGCUGUUUAGACGGGGAAAUCUAACCAAGACUCGAUGAAAACGGUGGUGCGAGUUUCACCCUGAGAGAGAAUUUGAUUUAAAAAAGCAUAAUGUGAAGUUAACAAGGCCUUGACAUGCAGCUAGCUGCUGAGCUAACCUUAUCUGAGCCAGAAGAAAGCCUUGGGAGUUUACAUUUUUUUCUCAGAAUGGUUUAAUGUGUGCCAUGACUGUGCAGUUCUGGAUUUUGGGGCGACGCCUUUUUGUCCUGAGAUUUGUCAAGAAAAUAAAUCAGAUUGAUCAAACUAAAAUUGCAGUGCAGAUGUGGAUUAUUUGUGGACCUUCAGGCUUCAUUGUUAGAGUAAAUAAGCAGGAGUCUUACCUUUUGACAGAUCAUUCAGCGUGGUGUUUGCGUUAGCUGUAGCAGGCCACUGAGAUUUCAGCAGUCACUAUCAUCUAUUGAGUUAGCACCAUGAACUCUUUUCUUUCUAACAUCUUCAUUGAAAUCUUCAGUAUUAGCUACUCUCCUGAAAUUGUAAACAGAGGUAUUUAAGUACUUGAGAAGAAAUCCUUGGCUAGACUCCUCUGUGACCCUGCAGUCAGAGCAGUUUUAUCAAAUCAUGACCAUGAUUAUUUUCAUUGACCCUUAAUGUAUUGGAAAUAGCUGCUUGUUUUUCCCACAAUAAAAAGGGCAAUUUAUUAAAUGGAAUCUCCCUGUAAACAACAAGUUUUCAACUUACUGAAUCAUGACCUAGGCCCUUGACCUUUUUUGAAAUGAGAUUAAUAAUGCUGACAUUCAACCACCAGCAUAUCCUUUCAUCCUCUCUUUGGAUAACUGGUGUCUGAUUGGUCAAAUGAGACUUCCUUGCCUUUUGAUUCAAGUUUUGACAAUUGUUAAUCAAAGUUGAGGCAUUCGAUUAAUUACAAUGACUUCACUGAAAUAACAUCUUGUGCACCAUGUUUUGGUGUGAAUGUAUUUAAACCACAGCCUUUGCAGUGUAUCAAUAUUUACUGUAGCAUCUGCUGUUUAAAAAUGGUACUGUGCUAAAACUACAUAUACAUACAUAAGAAGUAUACUUCAGGAAGCAUAGUGUUGCUCCAUUCCUUUCCUGCAUUUCAACAGUUUGACUUUUAUUUUCAAGUUUUUAUUAAUAUUGCCACAGUGUCUAUAUCCAAAAUACUCUGAGACCAUGAUAGUCAUGAGGGGAAAAUCUGAUGUGGUGACAGCCCUGAUUUAAAUAUAACAUUUUUCACAUUUAGCUGCUUCAGGCCUGGUGUCCCACAAGUCUGAUAUCUCAAGCAUUACACAUGCCCAUUACUCAAAGGUUCAAGCCCCUGCAAAAUGCCCCUUGGCAUAACUUAACUCUGUUUUACUGUUAAAACAUUACUCCUAGAUGAGUGAACAUUUUGAAAUGAAGUAUAAUUCUUUUGUCAAUCAAAAGCCACCCACAGCUAAAUAUAUCAUUUCUGUGUUCUUUUCAUGUACUUAAAUCGGUUUUGAUCUUGAUGUUUAGAAAUUUAAAGGGCUGAGAUGUGAACCUGACUUGUUACUAUCUGUUUCCUUAUAGCCUGAAGAAAUCGAUGUGUUAGUAGGAAAGGAUCGUGAGGGAUUCUUCACCUGUGGGCUGACCUUAGGCAGUAAAAAGUGCUCCGUAAUCAGAGACAGCCUCCAUGUCGACGCUGACUGGACAAUGGACAUCCGGACAAAGAGUCAAGGAGGAGAACCAACCUACAACAUCGCUGUAGGCAAAGCUGGCAAAGGUGAGCCCCAUGUUCAUUGUUGUUGUAACAGGUUUAGUUAAAUUCCUGUUAAAGUGACACAGUAGCCUGCUUAUAAUAAUACCAUUAGUUUAGUAAAAGUAUGAUCUCUUGUCAGUGCAUGUGGAAUAGACCAUGUAUCUACCUUUCCUCAAUAUAUGACGUGUAACAAGUCUGUGAAUCUCAUGGCCUUAAGUGUCCAUUUAACAGCUAAAAGUUAUUUGUGGGGUUACCUGGUUUAUUUCAGAGCAGUAAGGUCAAACCAUUUCAAGAGAUUUGAUGAUUAUAGGUAAAGGGAACUUUAAAAAUAGUGACCAUUUCAUCAGCAGUGAUCUGUCAAAAUAGAGCAGUCUUUAGAGUCUAAAGUUAUUUACGUUGUCUUGAACAGUGGUAGUGAAGACUAGGUUUAUUUAAUCAUAAUCUAAGGGGUGUGAUGAGAUCAGGUGCCACGAGACCUCUCGAUAUAAGUUCGGAACAAAAUUCCUAGCCGAGAAAAUAAUAAAUAAAUAAAAUAAUGCUACAUCAUGAUAGAGGAGUUUAUUUUUUUAUGAAGGCUUAGUCUGGUUAGUUGUUUUGAACUUGGUGGGGUAAUGGUGUCAUACCUCCAACAAACCACAGUGCUUAGAGGCACGCCUGCGUCAUUUUAAGUUUUAUAUUUAGGAGAAGGGGGGGUCUUUAAUUAUUUGUUUUAAAAAACUAUUUUUUUAUUUUGAGCUAAUAUUACCCUGCCUUGAGUUCACACUUUGAUGGACUUUUUUUAAAGACCAACACUCAACUCCACAGUCUAAUGUCCCGUUUUCGUUUUUGUCUGCCCUUACUGUAUGUUAGUGUCUAUUCAUUUUGUCUCUGUCCUCAGCGUUCUUCUUUCUCCAGCACGGUUGGAGUGCAGUACCGUAUAAUAUAGAUAUUAAGCGUUCUUGCCUAUGUAGCAAAGAAAGUUAGCGCUACAUUCAGAGCUAAGAAAUAUACAAGAAAAUGCAUAUUGGUAAAUAUGAGACAAAACCAAUGACAAAAAGGUACUGCCAAAAUCACUGAUGUAGACAGUAAAAAUAGCGUUUAAAUGUAGUCUCAUCUUGUCUCGUUAACCCAAUCUUGUCUCGUGUGCUCUGUCUCUUCACACCCCUCAGGAGUGAGAAUAUGUUCCUCAGUUUAAUUGCAUUUCAGUUGGGACAGUGAAGAGAAACAGAAGUCAAGACUCAACUGUUUUUGCCAUGGGUGUUUAUUAGGUCAGAUUUUUCUCUGCGAUCAAGAUUUCAAUAUAACUAUAACAUAUGGCUAUAGUUAAUAAUUUCAGUGGACAUUUAAAUGUGAAACCAAAGUUGUGAAGCACAUGUUAAAGUACCAAAGUAGGCAGAUGAGUCAAACCAACAGUUUAUAAGUUGACUGUAAGUUGGAAAAAAAAACAAAAAAACAAACACUUAUGCCAUAUUUUGGAUGUGGCGAAAAGCCAUAAGAGCUAUAAAAAUGUCUUAUAGACUUGCCAGAGAGUUUGGCCAGUUAUUGCAUUCCCUGCGUUGUGCCCAUUGCCCUGUUCUUCCUACUUUUUCAAACCAAUCAAACUUCAAGAUACAAUUGUAACUAAAACCUUUCAUCACAUGCUGGACUCACUCUUUGGGCCAAGGUUUCCUUAAAAUGUCUGCAUGCAUUUUUCCUCCUUCCUGGUUAACAGACACCCUGCCCUUGAAAGUUUGGAUCUGUUUCCCUGCUCACAAGCUUACACUGUGUUCGUGAUAUCAAAAUGCAUAUCCAGGCACUUUAGGGAUAUUACAUGUAUUGGGGAGAGGUACAACAAGCAUGCUUCUGUCUCUGCAUGUGUGCUGCAUUAGUCCUGGUUGUUAAUAUUCAGUUGAACCUUCACUUUCCUGUUCUUUGCUGCUGGCAUGGUGUGUAAUGAUUACUAAUGAAAUACUACAGGUAACUGUCUCAGGCACAGUUUAGUCAACUCAAACAGUUGCGCAUUUAGAUGUUCAACUCUGUCUGCAUAUGUUCCCCAACACUAUUAGCCACCUGUGUUAUUACAACACACAUAUCGAUAGAGCAUAUAGACUAAAUUUGAAAGACUUGAUUGUGGUUGAUAUGGUUGUUUUAAGUGCGACAGAAAUGAGGAAUACAACAUUACAGUUGGCCAAUGGUAGCUCAGCUCUUCUAGUCAUGGUUUUCAGUUUGGUUUGGUUCAGUUUGAACAGCCUGACAGUCGUCGGUUCAUUAACACUCGUAAUGCAAAUGCCAGUGUUCAAACAUACUGUGCAGCCCUCGUGAGCAGUUCAUCAUUCUUGGUGAAAGUAAAUGAAACUUAAAAAAGACCUGGCCUAAGAUCAACUGCAGCUUUGAACCUGGCAGGUAACAUUGAGAAAACAGCUUUGCUUGCAUCCAUUAAGUGUGCAGUAAUCAAAUGUCUUUCUCUUAAAGGGAUGUCCCGGUGUAAAAUUAAGUUAGGGUCAAACACACCGUAACACCAAGUUAGACAACCCCUCGAGAGAUGAAUGUUGCCAACCUCUUGCGUCUCUAGUUAUACCAACUUCAGUAACGACCGCACAAUAGCAAUACACAAUGGUCCCAUUCCUUCGUAGAAAUGCAAUCAGACCGAGAUGUUAAGGCAGAAGAACUACUGCGUCUGCAGUGCAGAAUGAUUGAUAUGGUGAUUAUUACUUCAAGCAAAUGAUAAAGUAAUGAUCAUAAAUGUUCUUCCUUGAGCUGCGUCACCCCGCUGUAGUUUGUAAUGCACUGGCCUGAGGUCAUGCAAUAAACAAGCGGCUGCUGGAAGAGAGUCAGUGAGUUGUGUUUAGUCUCUUUGCUAAAGAAAUUAAGCAAAGCUAAAAAGAAGUUUGGUGGCCUAUACUAUGGCUGGGACCCUAUAUGUACUGAUGAUGAAGUUAGGUGCUGUUCUGAGUAUUAUUUGUGGCUAUAGAGAGGUGUUUUGGUUGAGUGCGUGGCUCCUGGGACCGCUGUGCAUUGCUAUCGUGCGGUCGUUACUGAAGUUGGUAUAACUCGAGAGGCAAGCAGUCAACAACAUUCAUCUCUCAACUGGGUGUCCAACUCCGUGUUACAGUGUGCUAGACCCUAACUUUAUUUCACACCGGAAUAUCCCUUUUAAAUGUUUCGUCUGAUGCCUUCCUUCACCACCAGCAGCAUUGAAAGAAAAUGAGUAUUGUGGCUCAGUCCAGCUCUAAGUCCAAAACGCCGCCUGACUGUUGUUUCAGUGUAGUCCUCUGAAGUUGUCUCGUCUGCCUGCUGCUCUUCGGCUCUUUUCACUUGUGUGAUUUCUGCAUCUUCUCUAAAUGUCCCUUAUCUGUCUCUUUUCUUUCAGUCUUGGUCUUGGUAAUGGGCAAAGAAGGGGUCCAUGGAGGCGGAUUGAAUAAGAAGGCCUACUCGAUGGCAAAAUACUUGAGGGAUUCAGGGUUUUAGUUUAAUCUUGACAUAGAUGAGGGAGAGGGAAAAAAAAAAGAAAACGAAACAAAAAACACAAAACUUGAUAAAACGGGAAAAAAAUGACUGUCAAGUCCAUGUUCCCUGCCCAAACAGCCCCACUGAAUUAAAUCCUAGGAGCAUUUCUAACAAGCUUAGGGUUCACUUUGUCCUCAACAAUGUAGCCCCACAUGUUACAUUUCGCAAGUUGGCAAUGAAGUAUUUUAUUUUACAGUCCUGCUAUUACCAUAUCUGUACAUUUAUUUUUAUGUUUAUUUUUUUUCCCUUUGUGUACUCAGCAUUGGUUUUAGUCAUGGGGAAGGAAGGUAUCCAUGGAGGGUCGCUCAACAAAAAAGCAUUUACUAUGGUUGACUACCUGAGGAAGUCUGGAUACUGAAGCAGCCCGUAUCCAGCCACCUAGCAGCUCACCCUUACCACCCUGGCGCAUUUCACACUUCUUCCAAUUCUAGUUGGUAGUUACUUUGUUUUUCUUCUGCCUUCUCUCCUUCCCAUUUCUUAUCCCCUACUUUUGUUGUCAUCCUCCUCUGACCCAUCCCCUCCCCUCAACAUCCCUGUGCUAUGUACUCUCUCUUACCCCUUAAGCACUAUAUAAGUUGAAUGAUAGCAAAGAUGAGCAUGUUGCUAACAGGAUGUCAUGACAAAUCUGUACUUAUCCAAGACCAGCAAAGAAAAAGAAAUCUGGCCAAAUACUUGUAAAAGGAAGGCUAUAGCAUCGGUUUUUGGAGUGGAUCUUUCUUUUUCUCACGUCAUGGUGCCCUUUACCUAAACCCUCCCAGACCCCGAUCAUACACACUCCCUCCCUGAUGCCUUCAGAGCACUUGAGCAGUAACCAAGCUCAUCAUGUCCCUUUUAGAGGGGGCAGACUGUGUGCAUAUCUGGACCAACUAUUGUCCCCCUUCACAUCAACUGCUGUCUCCCAGCCUCCUGCCAAAAUGUUUAUGUCCUUCCCGCCCCUUUUCCCCACAUCCUGUUUGAUCUAAACAGGCCACACUACUAACCUGACAGAUUCUUAUCCUAACACCACUCAACCAGUGCCCCAACCCCUCCCCUUCAGACUUCUCUGUUAAAGGGAGGCGGUGGGGGGUAGUGUGUUUUGUGUGUGGGUGGGUCAGCUCGAUACAAAAUCACGAGACGGAUUUUGCGAGCAUUGGUGUCAAGGUGCUGUCAACCUCCCCUCCUGCCAUCACGACUUCCCUAGCUACAUGGAAAAACCCCAUGGACAUUCCACAGUAACAACAGCUCAGGCACUUAAUACUGUUUUUGUUUGCCAGCUCCUGUAAUAUAUUUUCUUUUCUUUUUUUUUCUUUUUUUUAUUUUGUAAAAGGCUGCCAUUUUUGGACAGUAGAAAUCCCAGCAUAUAACCACCUGAAGUGUGUCCAAUUUUAUUUUAUUUUUUUCCUUUUUAUAGGACCAAGUGUAGUCGAAGCUUGGGUGUUUAUACAAUUACUCUAAAUGAUGUGACGGUUGACUGCUAACUUUUUUUCUGACAAAGGAAACGCUAACCAGGCAGUAACACUCACUGUGGUUAGAAAAAAUCUGAAGCCACAAGGGGAAGUAAGGGUAGGAGUAUCUUUAAGAAAAUUCUCAUGACAUUUCUUUUUCUUAAUUGUCUAGAAAAGAAGUGAUUGCAUUUGUACAAACCCACGCUGUGUUGACAACUACAAAACUGUGGAAUAAAUUGCCUUCUUCUCAAUAGUCAGCUGAGCUCUGGGGUAUCACACGGUCUGUCCAUGCUCAGUACUGCUAACUGUAACGUCCAGCUGAAAACAAAAAAAACACUUUUAAACAUAGAAACAACUCAAUGGGAGAUGGGAUUGGUUGGAACAAAGACACUUCUGUUUGUCUUGUUGAAACUUUACUACAGAACCUGUGUAUCCUGUGCCAUAAUAUAGAGAGAUCUGUUGUUGUAAGAUGGAUUUUACUCACUGUCCAUUAAAGAGUCAUUACAUUGGCACUUUUUUUUUUCUUCCUAGCUUCAGCUCCACUGUUUAGUUUUUGUGGGAUAUGUGUACUCAUAAAAAAACCAUGUUUGAAGUCCUGUUUGCUGACUUAUUUUCAUAUCCUUGUUCCUCACCUUUUUUUUCUUACAUCUGGGAUACAGUCUCUUUAAUGCAUCUGAUUUCAUAUGCAUAAAACCAAGAAAUGCCAUAAAUUGAUUUAUCACCUUGUUUACAGACAGAUCAAAUAAAUUUAUUCCAACCAGAUCAAUGUCUUUG